GGAUGACAAAACUUCUAGUAGUAUCAACAUGUGUUAUUAGGUCCAGAAAAUCCAUAGAGAAAAAUAACUUUUCUACCAAAAAAAUCCAGUUAACUCCAUGGGAUCUCCAACUCCUCACAGUGGAUCCCAUUCAAAAAGGAUUACUUUUUCGUAAACCAAAUCCUCAGCAACAUAGAGAGUUGGCAAAAUUAUCAUCAGAUUUCAUUAAUCGUCUAAAAACUUCACUUUCUGAUACUCUGAAUUAUUUUCCUCUCCUCGCGGGCAAACUUGCUGUUAAUAAAAACAGUGAUAACACCUUAUCUUUCUUUAUUGAUUGCAGCAAUGAAGGAGCUGAAUUCACUUAUGCCACUGCACCUAAUUUGAUUGUGGCUGAUAUCAUGGAACAAACUUACGUGCCAAAGAUUGUCAAAUCUUUCUUUCCGCUCAAUGGAGUUCACAACUAUGAAGGUGUUUCUAAACCUUUGUUGGCCGUGCAAGUAACUGAGCUAGAGGACGGAUUCUUCAUUGGCUGCACUAUCAAUCAUUGUGUGGGCGAUGGGACUUCAUUUUGGCAUUUCUUCAAUUCUUGGUCCAAAAUAGCGCGUAAUCUUAUAGUUGAUAAACCGCCGAUUCUGGACCGUUGGUUUCCUGAAUUUGUUGCUAGUCCAAUUCAUGUACCUUUAUCUAAGGAACAUGUCCAUGAUGAAUUCGAUUUACCUUUGUUAGAGGAAAGAGUUUUCCACUUUACCAAGCAGAACAUAGCUCAGCUCAAAGCCAAAGCCAAUUAUGAAUUUGGAAACAGCCAAAAUAUUUGUAUCUCUUCUUUACAAGCCGUUUUGGCUCAUCUGUGGCAAUCUGUUAUCCGUUGCCGUUGUCGUACGAACGCUGACGAAAAAAUUAGUUUCAAAUUACUAAUAGGUGCAAGGUCAAGGCUUCAGCCUCCUUUACCCGAAGGCUAUUUCGGAAAUGCUGUGCAUUUUGUGAACGUCACAACCACCGCUAGGGAGUUGUUGGAGCAUGAUUCGGGUUGGGCUGCUUUGCAAAUGAAUAAGGUGGUAUCCACGCAAACACAUGAAGAGGUCAUGAAAUUUUAUGAAAGUUGGGUGAAAAAUCCAAAGGUAGUGAAAAAGAGUGAGGUGGUGGCUAAUAGCUUGAUUGCUAGCAGCUCGCCGCGCUUCGAUGUGUACGGCAAUGACUUUGGAUGGGGGGGACCCGUUGCUGUGAGAAGUGGCGCUGGCAACAAACAUGAUGGGAAAAUGACAAUAUUUUGUGGCGCAGAACAAGGAAGUAUCGACAUAGAAGCUUGUUUAACUCCUGAAACUUUGCAUGCCAUGGGACAAGAUACUGAGUUCAUGGGAGCUGUUAGUAACGUUGAGAUGGUUUAAGUAAUUCUAUUUAUGAAUAUCAUAUGGUUAAAUUUGAACUUCGUACGAGGAUCAGUUAAUUAUAUUUACAUAUGGAGAUGGUUUAAGUGAUUAUAAAAAUCACUACCUACUACUCUAAACUCAA